CUUUUCCAUCGUUACAGCUCCUCUGACUUUUGCUCUCCAGUCUUCUUAAAUCUCUACGGAUCAGCUCUGCAACCAUCAUGUCUGACAUCCAGCAGGCUAUGACCCUCCUCAUUAGCGCAUUCCAUAAAUACGCCGGCAAGGAGGGGGACAAGCACACCCUGACAAAGGGAGAGCUGAAGGAGCUGCUUCAGAAUGAGUUUGGGGAUCUGCUGGGGAAGGCCAGUGACAAGGUGGCCGUGGACCGCAUCUUCAAGGGCCUGGACGCAAACGAGGACAACUGUGUGGACUUCAAGGAGUUUGCCACCCUGGUCAGCUGCCUCACCAUGAUGUGCCACGAGCACUUCUGCAAAGAAUAGGGAUCCAAGCUCCACCUCGGGGACAGCUUAGAGAGCUACCUUCCUGUGAAGGAGAUCCCAUGACAGACGUUCUGAUAAGGAAUACAUAUGAACUCCUUAACUAGAUUACUAUGAAGGCACAACACAUUAUACUCUCACGCACAAUGAAAUAAACUUCUUUCUUUGAAACA